GAGGCUCCGAGGCCGAGCACCGGCUAUUUGAGCGGCUGUUUGAAGAUUACAAUGAGAUCAUCCGGCCUGUGGCCAACGUGUCUGACCCUGUCAUCAUCCAGUUUGAGGUGUCCAUGUCUCAGCUGGUGAAGGUGGAUGAAGUGAACCAGAUCAUGGAGACCAACCUGUGGCUGAAGCAAAUCUGGAACGACUACAAGCUGAAGUGGAACCCCUCUGACUACGACGGGGCGGAGUUCCUGCGUGUGCCCGCACAGAAGAUCUGGAAGCCUGACAUUGUGCUCUACAACAACGCAGUCGGGGAUUUCCAGGUGGACGACAGGACCAAGGCUCUGCUCAAGCACACGGGCGAGGUGACCUGGAUCCCUCCCGCGAUCUUUAAGAGCUCGUGCAAGAUCGACGUGACUUACUUCCCGUUCGAUUACCAGAACUGCACCAUGAAGUUCGGGUCCUGGUCCUACGACAAGGCGAAAAUCGACCUGGUGCUCAUCGGCUCCUCCAUGAACCUCAAGGACUACUGGGAGAGCGGCGAGUGGGCCAUCAUCCGCGCCCCCGGCUACAAGCACGACAUCAAGUACAACUGCUGCGAGGAGAUCUACCCCGACAUCACCUACUCGCUGUACAUCCGCCGCCUGCCGCUCUUCUACACCAUCAACCUCAUCAUCCCCUGUCUGCUCAUCUCCUUCCUCACCGUGCUCGUCUUCUACCUGCCCUCCGACUGCGGCGAGAAGGUGACCCUCUGCAUCUCUGUGCUGCUCUCCCUGACCGUCUUCCUCCUGGUGAUCACCGAGACCAUCCCGUCCACCUCGCUGGUCAUCCCCCUGAUCGGCGAGUACCUCCUGUUCACCAUGAUCUUCGUCACCUUGUCCAUCGUCAUCACAGUCUUCGUGCUCAAUGUGCACUACAGAACCCCCACCACGCACACGAUGCCCACCUGGGUGAAGACCGUGUUCCUGAACCUGCUUCCCAGGGUCAUGUUCAUGACCCGGCCGGCCAGCAACGAGGACAGCGCCCCGAAGCCCAGGCCCCUCCACAGCGCCGAGCCCUCCCUCCUGAACUGCUCCAGCCACACGGGGUCCAAGGGCGGCCAGGACGGCCACCCCUGCCAGGACGGGCUGUGCGGCCACUGCCACCACCGCAGGCGGAAAAUCUCGAACUUCACCGCCAACCUCACGCGGAGCUCCAGCACGGAAUCUGUGGACGCCGUGCUCUCGCUUUCCGCGCUGUCGCCGGAAAUCAAAGAGGCCAUCCAGAGUGUCAAGUACAUCGCGGAAAACAUGAGAGCACAGAAUGAAGCCAAAGAGAUUCAAGACGACUGGAAGUACGUUGCCAUGGUGAUUGACCGGAUCUUCCUGUGGGUCUUCAUCCUGGUGUGCGUUCUAGGGACGGCGGGGUUGUUUCUGCAGCCCCUGAUGGCCAGGGACGACACCUGAGCACUGGGCCCUCACCUGCCCCGAGGCACACUGGCUGGGGAGGGGCUCUUUUCUUAUUGUAAUAAGACAACUUAACAUAAAAUCACCAUUGUAACCCUUUUAACAUUCAUAGUUCAGUGACAUUAAAUACAUUCCCAUUGCUAUCCAUCUCCAUAACUCUGCAGCUUGUAAAACUGAAGCUCUACAGGACCCAUUCAACAGUCACUCCUAGCUCCCCUCCGUGACCCUGGCACCACUAUCCACUUUGUCCCCAGCUUG